ACAGAGUGAAUGUGAAUUUUGUCUUGUCCUUGCGAGUUGUGAGUUUUUGUGAGUUUCUCUUUUGUUUCUGACUUUGUCUUCCCCAAAACCAUAACUAUUGCUACCAAACAGCUUUGUGCCUUUCGAUUUUCUUUAUGAAACUCCCAACAUUUGCAGACCCAGAAUCAUUGUCUUACCUAUACACCUUGCUCCAGAGUUCAUUCGACCAAAUGAAUGACCCCAACAACAACAAUAAUAACAACUCUGCCACUACCAGAAAGCGAAGAAGAAAAAACAACGAAGAUGAUGAUGGGUCAAGCAGCAACAACAACAACAACAACAACAACCAAGAAGAAGAAGAAGAAGAAGGAACAAACAAGAAGAACAGGAACAACAAGAAGAAGAAGGAAGAAUUGAAGGGUAUCAUCACUUCUUUGUUGAUUCUCGAUGAACAAGAGAAUCAUGACAAUGAACAACACAACAAGGUCUCGGAGGAGGAGAAGCUCUCUUUGGACACCAAUCACAAGAAGAAGACCAAAGCUAUGUUGCAAUAUUACUCCAACCUCGAUGGUUAUUACAAUCAGGUUGUAGAAUCUGAAAGAGUUAAGAGGAAGAAAUCUCGGAACAUGGCUAGUGCUGUGGCUGUUGCUGCAGCAGCUUGUGAAGGGUUGGAAGAAGGAGAGAGUGAAGGGGUUAAAUCUGGUGGUGGUGGUGGUGGUGGUGGUCCACAGAGGAGGCUUUGGGUGAAGGAUCGUUCAGGAGCAUGGUGGGAUGAGUGUAACAGGGAUGAUUUUCCUGAAGAAGAGUUUAGGAAAGCGUUUAGAAUGGGAAGGUCAACGUUUAAUUUGAUAUGUGAAGAGCUGAAUUCAGCGAUUGUGAAAGAGGACACAACUCUCAGGAAUGCUAUCCCAGUUAGGCAAAGAGUUGCGGUUUGUUUAUGGAGGUUAGCAACUGGUGACCCUCUUAGGAUUGUUUCGAAGAGGUUUGGUUUAGGUAUAUCAACUUGUCACAAACUGGUUCUUGAGGUUUGCAUGGCUAUUAAGACUGUGUUGAUGCCUAAGUAUUUGCAGUGGCCUGAUGAGGGUACCUUGAGGAAGGUCAAGGGUGAGUUUGAGUCCAUUUCAGGGAUUCCUAAUGUUGUUGGGUCUAUGUAUACCUCACAUGUUCCCAUUAUAGCUCCUAAGAUUAGUGUGGCAUCUUAUUUUAACAAGAGGCACACAGAGAGGAACCAGAAGACUUCUUAUUCAAUUACUGUUCAGGGUGUUGUUGACCCUAAUGGGGUGUUCACUGAUGUGUGCAUUGGUUGGCCUGGCUCAAUGCCUGAUGAUCAGGUGUUGGAGAAAUCUGCACUUUUUCAAAGGGCUAAUGGGGGGCUUCUGAAAGGUGUGUGGAUUGUUGGAAGCUCAGGGUACCCUUUGAUGGAUUGGGUUUUGGUGCCUUAUACUCAGCGGAAUCUUACUUGGACGCAGCAUGCCUUCAAUGAGAAGAUUGGAGAGAUUCAAAAGGUUGCAAAGGAUGCAUUUGCUAGAUUGAAAGGGAGGUGGUCUUGCUUGCAGAAGCGGACAGAGGUGAAGCUGCAAGAUUUGCCUGUUGUCCUUGGGGCUUGCUGUGUGCUGCAUAACAUAUGUGAGUUGAAGGGUGAAAAAAUGGAUCUUGAGCUGAAUAUUGAUCUCGUCGAUGAUGAGAUGCUGCCUGAUGUUGCUUUGAGAUCAGUGAACUCCAUGAAGGCUAGGGAUGCAAUUGCUCAUAAUCUUUUACACCAUGGUCUAGCAGGCACUUCUUUUCUUUAAUUGAAAGCUUGUAUUUGAUUACUAUUUUGCUACUUUGAGUUCAUAAUUCUUUUGCUUGUUUACAUGAUAUUGUAGUCGUUCAUCAUUAUUUGUUGAAGGGGCUUUGUAAAAGAUGUAUAUGCCCCUGCAAACAAAUAUAUGAUUAUAGUCUUCAUAGGGUUAGAUCCAAACUUGUAACCCAAUUCCAUACUUUUAAUUGCCAAAUGAAAAAUUAAUUAAUAAAAU